AUGGCAAAAAUGAUUUUUCUGAUUUUCGUUGGUUUUCCUUCGAUGGCUACUCUUGGUGAAGCGAUUUGUUGUGAUUCGAUAAAGUCACUAGUGGAGGAGAAGAGUGAAGCGAACAAAACAUUAUGCGGUGCUGGAAACACACUUCCUCCUCAGUGUUGCAGAGAUAUUGCAAAUAUGGUUAGAGAAUAUGUUGAUGCAUAUGAAGCAUUAUGUUUGAAUAAUAGUAAGUAUUAGUAAAGUCUUUAUUUGCAUGCAUGUGUAACACAGAAUAGGGCCAUAUAUAUACGAGCAAAAAUAGGUUAGUAACGCACGUAACGAACGUAGGCUAUAUAUAUCAGUAACGUGAGAAUCUGAUUUCUGAUUGGUUAUUCAUAUAAUAAUACGUUGCAUAUUGCUCCAUAUAUAGCAAACGCUUGUCACCUUUGUCGAUCGCUUUAUUCACGGUAUUAAACAUAUAUUGGCAUUGCAUGUUGUCACUGAUUUUAUAAUAAUUCGAUUUGUUAGCACUCCUAGCUUUAAGUAUCUUACUACUAGUUACUGCUGUGACAGUUGGAUCAUGUCUUCCGUGUCGGGUUUGCACUUAGCUGAAAAUUAGCCCCCAAAAUAAAACCCAUUCUGCCGCCACUCGACUCAGUCCUUUGAGACCUUUGAAAAGAUGGUCAAAAAGUUCACCAAAACUUGUGCUAAAUAUCAGGACCACUCCCCCCCCCCCACAAUGUUAAUAUGUUCAGAAAAUAUUACCAACCGUUGAAACCAGCAUGUUCAAUCAAGAAGUUUGACCUAUCGAUUCUUCAAUUGCCGCAUCGAUGGUGAGUAUAUAAAUUAAAAAUAAAAUAUUGACAAUAUUUAAAACAUUUCCAAAAUACUAAAUUUGAACUAAUCAGUUAUAAUAAUAAUCAGUAAUAAUAAAACUGGAAGUUUCAAGUUUCCAAACUGAACUCCCAUUGGCAAUGCCAUAUACAAUUCCUAAAUGGGCAACAAGCAUCUCGACAUUGUUCAAAAAUUGAAAGAAUUUUAAUCUUGAAUGUGGAAAAGUGCGAUUUCAAUCGACCACUUAAUUUAAAUCAGAUCGUAAUUGGUUAUUUUAAUCGCAAAGAUUCAAUGAAGGUGUCAUUUGACAGCUAAAAGCCUGAUCUUUAUACAUACGAAAACAGAAAACUUAUAAACGUAAUAAUUAACACCAAAAAUAGAGCCAUAUAUUUCUGCAAGUGUAAUGGCAAAUUAUCUAUUUUAUUCAAGCUUCAUGUAUAGAUCCCAAACCAUUAGGAAUGACAAGUGGUAAAAUACCUGAUGAUGCAAUCACGGCGUCAUCUACUAGUUAUGCCAGCAAUUACAAACCUAGCUAUGCAAGACUGGCAAAGGCAGGUUCUAGCUGCUCUUGGACACCUACAACAGCAAAGAGAAUCGGCUCGUGGCUUCAGGUUGAUCUGGGACAACUCACCACAGUGACAGGAAUAGCAACCCAGGGAACAUGCUAUAACAAAAAUGAAUGGGCAAAGUCGUACUCGGUUUCAUACAGCAAUGAACCCAAUUCAUGGACAUCUUACGAAGAAUCAGGGAAUGUAAAGGUAAGUCAGCGCGUCAAUCUU